GACUAGUUGUGCAUCGUUCGCGUUUCCGAUUGUGGCACAACUGGUGCGUACCAUUGUUUGUUGUCGUCGUCCUCCUAGUCGUUUUCAGUAUCCAUUGGGCUCUAGCGGAUUCGGCUCGAGGUUGCAAUUUGUGGUAUCAGUUGUGGAAGUUGUUGGUAUCCCCCCUCGUGCGCCAUUGGGCAAUCCAUGAGCGACGUAAUGUCAGUUGGGCAUGAAUCGAAGGAUCUCACGGCGUAUUGCGACAUAUGCAAGUGCGAAUUGAGUAUUGCGCGCACGUGGUAUCAUGCAAGUGGUAAUUUAGACGUAUGCAAAGCCCAUUUUGACGAGAUCGCCACCGCAAAACGAGACUGGAACAAAUACAACAUUGUCCGGCAUAUUGAUGACUUGGGGAACGAGGUGGAUGCAUAUGUCAGAAAACCCGUGGCCCAUAUAUUCCAAACUUCAUCGGCUGAAGCGAAGCUCGCGGCAUUGAUCAUGAACAGGAUGAGCUGCCCCACUGUCACGGUGGACCUUGUUAUACGUUGCCUCAUCACUGCGCCUCCACAAGAUUUUUUCGAAGCUGCGUUGCAAGGAGAAGUUGAGACCUCACGCAGGAUGCUAGCUUGGGAUGGUGCGCUGCUGUAUGCAGUGGAUCUAGAUGGCGAGUUGGAUCUAAAGGGGGCCACUGGGCUUACGCAUGCUGUCGCAAGCGGUUCUGCGAAACUUGUGGAUUUCUUAGUGUCUGCACGGGCCGAUGUCAUGGCGACGAGCGAGCUUGGCAACACUGCACUUCUGGUUGCAGCUGACACCGGCCAGGUGGACUUGGUCAGGAUUCUGCUGGCGGGCUCUCCCUGCGGGACCCUUGCCGCGCGGCACCGCAACAAGUUUGGUCAGACUGCGCUGCAUUGGGGCGCGGUUGCGCUCCACAACGCCCUCGACGUCUCGGAGCUGCUCCUCGAGGAGCCGGUGCCACGACGGCCUGACCGCCGCGGAGUGGGCCGCGCACCCCUCGAGCGGGCGUCGCGGCGCGUGCGGCCGAGCGGACGGGCCCGAUUGCGAGCUCGUGAGCGGCCUGCUGAGGUCUGCCUGGUGAGCCUGCUUUCCACCACCACCACCACCAUCAGUUGGAGGGGGGGGGCCCCCCUCCUCCUCCUCUUCCUCCUCCUCCUCCUUCUCCUCCUCCUCCUCCUCUCCGUCCUCCUCCUCCUCCUCGUUCUCCACCUCCUUCCACCCCGCCAACUUAUGGGGGUGGUGGCGGAAAACAGGCCCAUCACUGCCGAGCGAGGUCCGCGCGAGGAGCCCCACCUCGUCGCGCACAGAGUCGCGAGGAGAGGUUCUGGCCCAGCUUCGGCUUCCGGGGGCCCUCGCCGUGCCCCGUGACAGUCAA